UUUGCAUGGGUACAUGGUGUGUGCUACAAAUUUUUUACAUUGAUACAAAUAAUUUACGUUACAAAUUUAUGUUACAAAGAAAAAAAAAAUACUCAAAAUAUUCAAAAAAAUAUUUUUCUGAUAAAUAACUUUAAAUGAUUUUGGAUAAAAAUAUUUUCAAAGAAAAUUGGAGAUCAGUGCAGCACUGAUGACAUUUACGGAUGGUCUUGAAAGAGGCGAAGUGACAUCAAUUAAAAGAAUUGCCUUAUUACAAUAAGAUUUUAUAUAAAAAAUUUUGAGAAAUGUUUAUGGUUUUUUUUCGCAAAAAUUAUAUAUCUUGUACAUAUAAUCUUUCACGAGUAAGUAGUAAGGCGUAUAAAACUUGGGUUGCUACAAUGAGGGAUGAAAUACCACUAAGCAGGCCUGAUCCUGUAAUUAAAAAGCUGGAUAAUCCAUUGUUUCACUCCAUAUUUACACCAGAACUUAACACUUUAGCACAAAUAUUUAAAAAGUAUAAUCACGAACUAAAAAUUGCUGGUGGUGCAGUCAGAGAUAUUUUAAUGGAUAUAAAACCAAUAGAUUUGGAUUUUGCAACAGAUGCUACCCCACAGGAAAUGAAAAACAUGUUUGAAGAAGAAAAUAUUAGAAUGAUCAAUAAUAAUGGAGAAAAGCAUGGUACGAUUACCUCAAGAAUAAAUGAUAAAUUAAAUUUUGAGAUCACAACACUUAGAAUUGACACACAUACCAAUGGCAGGCAUGCAGAAGUUGAAUUUACGAAAGAUUGGGAACUAGACGCUCUUCGCAGAGAUCUUACAAUAAAUUCUAUGUUUCUUGAUUUAGAAGGAAGAAUAUAUGAUUAUUUCUUUGGUUAUGAUGAUUUAAUGAAACGAAGAGUUAAGUUUGUAGGAAAUCCAGUACAUAGAAUUAAGGAAGAUUAUCUACGAAUCUUGAGAUAUUUUCGAUUUUAUGGAAAAAUUUCAGACCAACCAGAUGCUCAUGAUGAAUAUAUUAUAACAGCAAUAAAAGAAAAUAUACAUGGACUGGAAAUAAUAUCUGGAGAAAGAAUUUGGAGUGAAUGGUCAAAAAUCCUUUCUGGAAAUUAUGUUAAAGAAAUAACAUUUAAAAUGUUAGAAUGUGGUAUUGCAAGAUUUGUAGGACUUCCAGAAAACCCAAAUAUAGAAAAGUUCGAGGUUAUUUGCAAUAUAUCUAAAAAAAAUAACAUUUCUUUACAGCCGAUUACUUUUCUUGCUGUACUGUUAAAAAAUGAAAGUGAAGUGUUUGAGCUUCAUCGUAGAUUAAAAUUAUCUGCAUAUGAUAGAGAUUUAGCAUUAUUUUUAAUUUCAUUCUGGGAAGAUAAACCUUCAAUAGAUCUUUUAAAAUUUUAUAAGGGAAUUCUUAUUCAUUGGAAAGGAAACGUUGUUAAUGCAAAAGAAUAUAUUUGUGAAUUAUUAAAAUGUAAACAAUAUUUUGAUCUUGCUGAAAAUAUAAAAAACCUAAUAAUACCAAGAUUUCCAGUUAGUGGAAACAUGUUAAAACCAUAUGUAGAAAGGGGAAAGGUGAUGGGUAUUGUUAUUAAAGAAUUAAAAAAUAUUUGGUUGGACAAAAAUUUUGAAAUAAGUGCAGAAGAAUUACUACAAGAGGUUCCACGAAUUGUUAGUGAACUGGAAGAUAACUCAGAGAAACAUAACAUGUUUUUAAAUAAAUAAAUUUUAAUAUUA